CUUGUUAACAAAAUAUCUACCCUCUGUCGUCACACCAAGGCAAAGUUCUCUGCCAAAUAUCGGAAAUGGGCCAAAGAACAUUCAUUUGAGUUGAUGCUUCCUGGCAAUGUUAAGGCCUGCAAGGAAAAUGCUGCACAGCAGAGUAUUAAUGUGCAUCUAACUGAGCGGAAGCUUGCUGAACAAGUGGUUUCAUAUGCAGAUAAGUUGUUCAAACAGGCUGCAAUUGAGUGGCUCAUGUCCACUGAUCAGCCAAUUCAAGCACUUGAACAUCCAAAGUUCAAAGAAAUGAUCAACAUUGUGGCUCAUGCAACCAACAGCAUCAAAAUUCCAGGCAGGAAGGCAACUCAUGUGGAGAUAAUGAGAACCUUCAAAACUCAUCUUAUGGAGCUCAGGAGCAAACUUGAUGUA